AUGUUUGGUCCGARAUCCUCUCAAGYGUCGAUCUUCCCAUCCCGAGAYUUUGAGRAAGGCAAUAUGAAACAUUCGUGGAAGAUCAAAAAUCCAAACACAAAAAAUCCKGACGGUUCAACGGUGCAGAUCAGUGCAGCUGAGGCAACACUAAACUGGCAAACAGAGAAUGCGGUGGCACAAAACCAUCUAUUGAGUCAGAUUGACAGGAAGGUAUCCAUCUUGGAUCUUUCUAUCAAUGAGKUCAACAAAAAGAUAGCUUCUCUUCAUYAUGAACUCCUCCAUUUYGCAACUACUGUUUCCAUAACCUCCCCUCUCAUGCAUCAAAAAGAAUUAGAGCUAAAAAACCUCAAAGCCCAACUAACCUCCUUACAAAAUCAGCAAAAAACCCAAAUCCAAUUCCCAUAUGAUAUCUUCACUCCUUAUCUGAUUUAUAACCCACCAUAUAUGGCCCAAACACAACCCUUAUCUUUCUCCCAAGAUCCAAGCUAUUUUGGUGCAUCCUCCUUUUUGCCAACACAUGUUGUUAAGAAACAACAUAUUUCGAAGGAGAAGAAAUCAAAUGUUGCAGAAAAAGGAGAAACUUCAAACGCGCAUAUUUAUGAAAUUCCAAAAGAGCGGGCGCAUAUUUCUGGAAUUCCAAGAGAGCGGUCUUCACCAGAGAAAAGUGAAGCACAAUUUAUGGUGGAACAUGCUAGUAACCCAAUAUCUACUUUUCUUGAAAAAGUAGCAAAACAAGAAGAGGGUUUCAAGCAUCAUAAGAAAAUCAAGAAGUUGGAGAACCUGCAAGAAAGUUCAGAAGAUGAAGUUGAAAUUCCAGAUUUUCUAAUGGUAGAGCAAYCUGUCGAAGAAGAAGAUAUAGAGAGCGAUGGAGAAAACAUAUCUGACGAUAGACAAGAACCUCGAGGAGCACAACCUCCCCCAGAUGGUAGUCCAAGAACCUAUACUGAAUCCCAUCAUGGUUUCUCUUUUGAUAAUAUUCCACCGGCGGAAUAG